AUGUUUAAAGUGUUAGGAGAAAAAAAGAAAUCUUUCAUAGAUAAAAAAAGCGCAACUAAAUAUUCACUUUCUUCUUCUACAAAACCGUCUGUGCUUAACGCUGUUCAAGCCGAUCAGUUUUUUUCUUCAUCUACAAACAAAAUAGCUAACGAGGACAAUUUUGUGCCAAAAGAUAAAAGUGAUUAUGAACGAAAGAUAGAACAGCUCAAGUAUGGCAUAUAUUUUGACGAUGAUUAUGAUUACCUUCAGCACUUAGCUUCCGUCAACGAAAACAUCAGUGUUUUUAGAAUAGAAAAUACAACUCAACCUGCGUUUGUUGUGGAUCGUCCUAAUCAAAUUUUACCUGAAAGAGUUUUUAAAGAGGACUCUGUUAUUAGCACCGUUUCUUCUUCUACAUUACAAGCUGAUUAUGAUCUUGACGUUCUUGCUCAAUUAGAAGAUGACGUUGUACAUAACAAAGAAUGGGAAAUAGAAGAUGACUUUAUUAUCAAAGCAAAAGAGAUGAAGCUUGAGGAUAUUGACUACAACUAUAAGUUUAAAGAUGGUUUUGUGGUUAAUGGUGAUCACGUAGUUGAUAUCGGUGGUUCCACUUGUGUGGACUCUGACUUAGAUUCCACUUUUGAGGAGAAAAGCUCUUCCGAAGUAGAAACUGUUUCCAGAUUUACGGAGUAUUCCUUGAGCUCUUCAGUCCUGCCAAGAAACAGCGGCCUUACUUUCGUAGAUGAGCAAUUCGAAGAGUUUUCUAAGCAGUACGACGAUUAUUAUUGCGAAGAUCAAGAUUUGGAUGGGACUGCAGAUGUAAAUGAGUUAAUAAAAAACUUUAAAGCGCUGAACAAAAAAAAAAAAAGGAUAAAUGUAGAUCCCCAGUCGGAAAUCAAGGACAACCCAAUACUUAAGCGCCUUAUAAAAUGGUGCAACGAAGAACUAAACAGUGACGACGAAAAAGCAUAUCGUUAUGAAGAAGAUCUUCGCGCGCACCAAUGGCUUGACUAUACUGGCUCAAAAGUUUAUGAAGAUCCAUCAAAUAUCGAGUCUUUUCUGAACCAGCGGCCCGUUUACGCCAAUCAGCCUUCCGUGUUGGAAGUCAAUAAAAGGAAAAAUUCACUGCUUUUGCCUAUUGAAAAAAGGCGUUACAAGAAGAUAAGUAACUCAGUGAUAUCCGAUCAGCUUGAAGAAGUUCAGCAAGAUAAAGGCCUUGUAAGAGACAAACACGAAACUUUGGAAGAGAAAAAAGAAAGAAAAACGCGUAUUCGCCAAGAAAGAAAAGCCAGAAGAGCUCAAAAAAAGAAAAAUAAACAGACUUUUAAGUACGAAGAACUCGCACAGGAAAAACAAACAGCUCUGAAUUUCAUGCACGUUCGAAUGCAUAUGAUUUAAGCACCACUCCAAUCGCA